GCGAGAAGGCGGUGAACCGGAGGAUCGGGACGGAGCGUGAGAGGGCGGUGUCUGUGUCUGUGUGUGUCGUGGAUAGAGAGGCCGGCGUUGAAAGCGCGGGGACGCUUUUUGUGCGUCGCUAACUUUUGCGAGCGAACGGAACGACACGCCGCGUUUGGGUGACUUCUAAGCGGGCUCGGCACAAACAAAAUAACUUCGAGCAGUUUGACGCCCUCCCUCCCUCCCUCACCCCGCUGAGUUACACCACUCGCUGUCCAUCGUGCACGAGCGGGUACGCGUUUGUGCGUGUGUUUGUGUGUGUGUUCGUCUCUACGCUGUGCAAAUAACAUCGGAAGAGUCACGGCCAAGAUGAUCUUCGGAAGCACGCUCGUGGCCACAUUCAACGGCAAGGGAGCGGGAAGCUGCAGGAAAGAGCGCUCCACGCGGCUGCCCGGAGCUCCCAAAGUGCUGCUUCGGUCUCGGGUUGAGUCGCCGGUUCCCCGCGAAUCGAUCAUCCCCGACGCAGCAGCAGCAGAGGCAGCCACAUCCCGCAUGGACAUCGCGCCCGGCAGGCACAAGGCGGAUCAGAAUUUGCGCCACUUCGACUCAUUCGAAGCCGCUGGCGACCCGUGGGCCGAUGGGUUCGAGUCCAGAUCCGCUGCCUCCGACCCCUCGUGGUUGGGGCCGGGCCCCGCUCACGGGGCGUCCCUCUCGGCCGCGUGCUCCCGCCUGGCGUCGCGGCUCGAGGCGGGCCUGGCGGCCGCCAAGUCGGGCCCGCUGCGCUGCGACACCAUCCUGGCGCCCGAGCGCCUCCUGGAGCGGGUGGCCCGGCUGGUGGUGCGCGCCGCUGAGCGCGAGCCCUGCGGCUUGGCCGGCGCCGUGGUUCACGUGCUGCUGCUGCCGCCGCUGGACAGUGCCCCUCCGCAGUCGUCCUCGUCGUCCUCCUCGUCGCGUGACGUUCCACCGGCGCCGUGCCUGGCGCGUCUGGAGCUCGACCCGGGCCGGGCGCCGACGUUCGAGGUGACCGUCCUCCUGCGCCGGGAGCGAGCGUGGCGCUGGAGCGACGCUCUCCUGCGCCUGCCGCUGCUGCUGCCCCCCGGCUCGUGCCUGCGGCGCUUGGUGGCGGAGCGCAGCUCGGCGGAGCGGACGGUGCGGCUGAGCGGCGGCUUCAGGAUCGUCAAGCGGAAGCUCUACCGUCACCCCGAGGAACACUGUGCCCUGGAGGAUGUGGAGGAGGAGGAGGAGGAAGACGCAUUGAGGACUCCUGUAGUUGGCUGAGGACUCGUGUAAUCGGCUCCGAUGUGGAGAGAUUUGGGACUCUGGAGGAAAAAUGUUGCCAGGUUCGGUGCACUUUGUAUGAUGACACCAGUGGGUGGUUUUGAGAGGGGAUCGUUUUAUAUUGUCGUUAUUUUGGCAUUCAAAUUCAGGCACCCUCGAUGCCAUUGUAGCGUUACGCGAAUCGUUUGGCGAUGCUGCGUUGGCAGCGGUGCACAAGGCAGUGUUGUUGGGGAGCGCGCGAGUUCUUCCGUUGCGGUGUUAUUCAGGCGGUGUGUGGAGUGGUGGUGCAAUGGUUAUCUGGAUCCGGUGACCUGAGGUCAGUCGACAUCUGAACCGGUCCCGGGCUCUCCCUCCACACACCACCCCCCACCCCACACAUUCAGCAACCCUCCCUGGCAAGGGAGGUAAAAUAUGGUCAAACAACCCCCACAGACGACACGCACUUCAGCCAGCAGUGGAUUGGCAAAGCAACCGUGACUAAUUUAAACUCUUAUUUAUACAUCAAAAUCUGAAUGUUUCAUUUAUAUUGGAAGAAAUUCGAUGAGCUGCAAAUAUCUUUUUUCGCAGACAUGAAUGUCAGGCGCUCAGAUGGAUAACAAAGUACAAAGUGGUGGCCUUUUAGACGUUACCCCCCCCCCCUUUUUAUCAGCGCCAACUGACCGAUUCCAGAAUUAGUUUUAUAUUUGAAAUAAAAUAAAACUAGAGCUCU